AUGGAGAUCGAAGAGGAAUACCCCGCGAAACUUCUCCAAGGUGACAACGGCUACGUGCUCGAAGACGUCCCACACCUUUCUGAUUACAUUAAGGACCUUCCGGUAAGUGUCGAUUUUUUUUUUAAAAUCUGACCUUUUUUCAUUGUAGCCAGGACGCCUCUGGUAUUCUGUUGUUUCUUCUCCUUUUUUCGUCCGACUGCCUUGAUUGCUCCGACUCUGCGAUUUGGAUAUGAGCUGAUUGUCCCCGAGAUUCUUCAAGGAGCUUUUGAUCUUGUUGGUGCUAUGGUAAACUCUGUGGAAGCACCUGAUAGCAACAAAAAGAAAUAUAUGUACUGUGCUCCUUCUGGUUACCAGAGUUUAGAAUCGGGCUAUGUACUUUCCGUUGUCUCCCCUUUGUGUCUCGUUCUUGAAGUCGAAUUUAUACACUAAAAAACUGUAGCUUUUAUAGCCUUGACAACUAUCCUGGGUGGAGUCAAGAAAUAGUUUCAUCUGAUUUUGUUGUUGACAGAGUUUUUUGUGCUUGAGUUUUCUUACCCAUUUUUUCUUUGGCAGACAUACUCGAACCCAUUGCAGAACAAUCCAGCUUAUUCGGUUGUGAAGUAAGUCCAUGAAUCAUGUGAUUACUGUUGACGAUUUUGCAAUUUUCGUAAUGAUAUUGUAUAUCUGGAUAAUUAACAAGUAUUAUCUUAUGAAUAGGCAGUACUUUGUUGAUUACGACGAUAGCGUUCCUCAGAAGGUAAGUCCCUGCUGUCCUUUCAAAUCUUGUUACUUUGCUAGUUUGCCAUAAUUUUUCAUGAUUUAUCUUUUAUUCUGUAGAUUGUGGUUCACAAGACUAGCCCUAGAGGCACACAUUUCAGACGUGCUGGGCCCCGGCAAAAGGUAUGUUACAUUUAGAUAACCAUUGCUAAAAUCCCAGCUUAAUUCAAUAAUGCUGGUCAUUAACUUUUUCCUUGUUCUUAGGUGUACUUUGAUUCAGAUGAAGUGCGUGCAUGCAUUGUUACGUGUGGAGGCCUUUGUCCUGGACUUAAUACGGUUAUUAGGGAGAUAGUCUGUGGAUUAUCCCAUAUGUAUGGUGUACACAGAAUUCUCGGGAUAGAGGUGAGUUGGCAUAGUUUAUGGUUUAUGCAUGCAUACACGAUAGCCCAGUUUCUCUGGUGUCCCAAUGCGUAGCUGAUAGUCUCUUAUGCAAUUGAGAUGACUAAUGAGUAUAAUCUUCCCAUUCUCCCCAAUGCCAUUGAACAUGCAUUCGUCAUGGGAAUGUGAUUGAGAUUUUUGAUAUGGUAGCCAUGAAAGACUUAUUAUCAUUAAAAAAAAAUGGCAUGAUACCCAUUUGUUGUUUAUCCAUGAGCGAGAUCCAGCAAUUGGUUUCCAACCAUUGAUCUUCCAGAAGCUCGCAGCCACAGAUUUUAUGUUCAUAGAUAUUGGUCCUCCGCCCUAAAAUAAAUCAGCGCCUCAUCAAAUGCCGGCGCCUCCCUGGCAUUCUCAUGAUACAUCUUCAACGCCUAUCCUUCAGUUUGCUUGUCUUCCUCGUCAUUAGAGGUGGCGUCAUUUUGCAGAGUAUCAAAUCAUCUUUUCACCCUCUAUUACAUCAAUCUUCUGCUUAUCUAUUUCUGUCAAAUCUUCUGAGCUUAUUUAAAUGGAAUUUUGUGUGCGAGAGCUGAUGACAAUUAUGGGACGCACAGGGAGGCUACAGGGGUUUCUAUGCACGUAAUACAAUUCCUUUAACACCCAAGUCUGUCAAUGAUAUCCAUAAGCGUGGGGGCACUAUCCUUGGCACUUCACGAGGUGGACAUGACACCAAAAAGAUUGUUGAUAAUAUUCAAGACCGUGAAAUUAACCAGGUAACUGAAAAGUAUAUGUGUCCCCAUUAUAACUUUCCUUCUAACCAAAUUCUGCCUAGUUAAAUACACUACCGAGGUUAAAAUCUUGUUAUGUCCUUAGGUCUACAUUAUUGGGGGAGAUGGAACGCAGAUGGGAGCAUCUCUCAUUUUCGAGGUAAUAGGACUUAAAUAUUCAUCUUUGUGUGGUUUGUUGUCACUCUUUUCUUCAUCACUUUUUUAUGCAGAGAUUUUCCAUUAAGAGAACGAUUAAGUCCAAUUUUUAUGAUCGAGUAGUUUAUUUGAUCAAUUACAUAACAGAAUUUUGUACCAUGCAGGAAGUUAGAAGGCGUGGCCUAAAGGUUGCUGUUGUUGGGAUUCCAAAGACCAUAGACAAUGACAUUGUGGUAAUUGUCCCGUAGAUCUGCUGUCAUGCCCAAUUUGUGGGAGCUUCUUCUACUGCCUCUCCUCUUGCAUAUCAUUUUGUUGUAACUGUUUUGUGAUGCUAAGAUUAUGUGCUUUGCAGGUCAUUGAUAAGUCCUUUGGUUUUGAUACUGCUGUUGAAGAGGCACAAAGGGCCAUUGGUGCUGCACAUGUUGAAGCUGAAAGUUCUGAAAACGGCAUUGGUGUUGUGAAGCUAAUGGGUCGCUAUAGUGGUGUGUAUCUUUUUUUGUUGCAGUAGCAGCUAAUUUCCAAUGUAUAGUAACUAUGUUUCUUUUGGCCUUGGCUGUGAAUACUCCCGUUUCUCGUUUCAUUGAACUCCGUGUGUACUGCAAGAUAUUGAGGCUGACAGCUCCGAAUGGAAUCAAGCUUCUUUAUAAAACUCAGUUUUUCUUUCUAUGUUGCAGUUAUAAAAACAAAAAUGAAAAUGAAAAAAGGGAUAUAGUAGACAUUGGAAAGAAUGAGGAUUUUUUUUUUCUUCUAUAUGUUACUUUUGUAGUUAUCUGGAGGACAGAAACUUCUAUUUACAUACACCUCAGAUGUAUCGCAUCAUGCACCUUAAAAAUUCAUGGAUUCUGUAAACAUCAAUCCCAGACAUAAAUUUUGAAAGCUUGUUGGUUGUUUUGUCUGAGCCCCUGUGAUUACUCGGUCUUUUUUUAUCAUUAUUCCAUAAGUCAAUUCGGAACUUUAUUCUCUAGAAUCUCCACCGGAAUUUUGCCACCGAAAUUGGUUUACUGUGGGUUUUUUUUUUCAGAUUUAUUUUGUUGAUCAUUGAAUAGUAGAGAAUACUGUGAGUUCAAAGAUGAGAGAUGGGUUACUUAUUCUGUAACAUUAUCAUAUUAUCCGAAGAUAUUGCACAAAACUAUUUAUUGAAAUAAUACUCAGGCUUGCUCCAAUAUUUCAUUAAUCUAGUGAAAAUGGAGGACCGUGUUACCAAAUUUCUAUUGGAUGAUGAGAGAGUUUUGGGCUUUGAGGUCGUGGAGUUAAAUACAUUGCACAGUUACCUGAUUUUCUUUUCCUCUAAUGUGUACUCAGGCUUUAUUGCGAUGUAUGCUACUCUUGCCAGCCGAGAUGUGGUAUGCUUUACUGCUUAGCUUUCCUCUUGUGUCUCCACUGUUUACUCUGUUACAAUAAUACAUUGCAUUUUUUUUCUUAUACACAAGAUUGUUUUGCUGUGCAUCUCUUAGGAUUGUUGCUUGAUUCCCGAGUCACCUUUUUACCUGGAGGGAGCAGGAGGGCUCUUCGAGUUCAUUGAGAAGCGGCUCAAGGAAAAUGGCCACAUGGUUCUUGUUGUAGCCGAGGGUGCUGGACAGGAGCUCAUCGCUGAGAGCAUGAGGUCCACGGACUUGCAGGAUCCUUCUGGGAACAAGCUUCUUCUUGAUGUGGGGUUGUGGUUGUCUCAAAAAAUUAAGGUAGCUUCUGAAUCCUAAUCUGUCUGCAGAUUACACAUGAACAUGAAUGGUCUUGUACUUUACUGUCCAAAACUAAAUGUAGGUUUUGUUGAUUACAGUGUAAUGAUCAUUUUAUGUACAAAAUCAUUUACAGAUAUAUAAAUUUAAGCAUUCAUGAACCUUGCUCAGCAAAAGUUACUGUGUUUUUCUCAUAUUAUAAACAUUUGUAUUUGUGUUGUGUAGGAACAUUUUACAAAGAAACCACAGAUGGUCAUAAACCUAAAAUACAUAGGUCGAUCCCCUGAAACUCUUUAUUAUUUGUUUCACUUGGUCAUUCGCAAUCUGGGUGACAUUGUCGGUAUAUUAUGCAGAUCCGACGUAUAUGAUUCGCGCUAUUCCAAGUAAUGCAUCUGACAACGUGUACUGCACUCUUCUGGCUCAAAGUGCCGUCCAUGGUGCAAUGGCAGGAUACACAGGCUUCACUUCAGGACUUGUAAAUGGAAGGCAAACUUACAUUCCAUUCUAUGUAAGCACAGGAUCUAAUAUUAUAUUUCAUGAAACCUGUUGAAGCUCAUGAUUGCAUGUCAUCUUGGCUUUUUAAGUCCUGUGAAGGCUUCACUUUUUCCUGUCUUGAAGCAUAUUUCAAUUUAUGAUUUCUCGGGACUCAAAUGAUGCUUGAUGAAGCAUUUUCCUCAUUAGUGAACAAGUUAAACAGUUAGGGUUUGAUUACAUUCUUUUUUCCUUCUCUUUUAGUAGUCUUCAAGCAGCCUAAAAGGCAGUGCAUAUUGCUGAAGACCAAUUCACGAUUCUUGCAUUCAGCCUUCGUACUGUUGAGCCUUUUUCAAAAAGGACUCUAAUUUUUCGAAAACUUAGAUAUAACAGUUAUUAUCGUUUGUUGUGUAUAAUAACCACAAUCUAAUGAUUGUAAAGUAUAUAUAACCAAGUCAACAUCUUGAUUUCAGAGAUGGUCGUCAUAAGUUUCAUAUAUAUACUUUUUUUAUAAUGUAUAAAUGAUGAAUUGCUCUCUAUUUGUACUAAUGAAUUUCAUGCAUGCCUCACGUAAGCCAGGGUCUGAUUUAUCACAUUCACGUUUGUUGGUCUUCGCCCAUUCCUUUACAUUAGAACCACUGUUAUACUUUCACUCAGCAAUCAUUGCACUAUGACCAACCUUAGAAAAUGGUACUUUUUUUCUCUUUUGAAUAGAAAACCAGGAAGCCCUUUCGUGAUCAUUUGGUAAAUGCACACCUUAUUUUGGCGUCCAUGAUUUGAUAAUCAAACACCUGUGCAUAGCCCUGCGAUAUAUUCUCAGCUGUUACAAUUAAAUUUUAAUAUGCAAGUCCGUCUAUUUCCCAUUGGAAUGGCAGGUGCGACCUGAUCUUUGCCUUUUCGUUAUGUCCUGUACAAUUCCUGAUCAUCUACAGUAACGUUGGAAUUAAUUAAACUUCCUAAACCCCCAAUAGUUGAACAAUUUAUAUUCCUAAAUCUUGUUCAGUGAAACGGAACUAUGCCUUGGUUUCCAGUUGAUUGCCCAGUCAUCGCCAAUACACGCCCAAACUAGAUUCCAAUGGCACUGAUAGACAUAGUAGAGAGACAUCUUUGAUUCAGCAUCAGCCUUUCCAUCAAGAACAUCUAUGAAGCGAAGUUCUGUUCUUCAAUUUAUACGUCACCAGCUAUAAACCCCUUCCAAGGAGGAAUAGCAUCUCAACCGACCAGAUGUUAGAAUAUACAGUAAAUAAUUGGAUUAAUAUCUCUUCUUUAACUACCUAAAUAAAAUUUCAAACUGUCAUCUUUACAAUUCUAUGUUUACUGCUACACUGAUCAAUAUGCGAUUAUUCGUGACACAAUUAUUGUCAUUUACAGAGGGUGACAGAGAGCAGAAAUAAGGUGGUGAUUACUGACAGAAUGUGGGCGAGGCUGCUGUCCUCCACCAAUCAACCGAGUUUUCUCAGCCAUGAAGACAUUGAGGAAGCAGCGAGGGAGGAAGCACCUUCCACCCCGCAGCAGGAUAGUGCCAUUGGCCCAGAUGGCAAUCUCGUGCCCUCAGCGCAUCAGUCUGAAAAUGGCAAUAUCUGA